AACCUGGAAGAAAUGGACGACAACGCCGCGCUCGCAAACGCGCUCGCAAACGAGUUUGAGCUCCCGUUCAGCGACCUCACGUCGACUGAACGGGAGAUGCUGCUAAGGACGCAGAGCUCUGGAUUGGCGCUUUACGAGGGCGCCCCAGACCUACCACCGACUCCUCGGUCGCCGCCUCAAAGCGACUCCCCGCCCCACUCGCCGACGCCGCCGCAAUGCCGCUACGGGAACACGGAAUGGUGCAGCUGCAACAACUGCGGUAUUCUCGAGAAUGGCACAGAGGGAGAGUGCAUCUGCUGUCGUGAGAUGGGCACGGCGCUGACGCGGGUUCAGCCAGCUGGGUGCAUCACGGAGCACCCGGAGUUCAGCAUGCUGUGCCUCAACAUCCCUGUUCUCCGUCUUCUCUACUUCGAGCUAAGGGGGCUGGGGUAUCCUAUGCACGACGAUAUUCACAGACGCUAUCGCUACACUGCAUACCGAGUCUUCGUCCGCUGGUUAUGGAGACGACUUGGAAAAGGGAACCGGAUGAUUCUGCCGGCAUGUGUAGUCUGCAGAAUAAGAGAGGAAUUCCCUUCUGAAACCACUACCGGUUUCAAGUAUCCCCGCUACUAACUUGUAAGUACCAGAACAUUCGUAAAUAAGCUU